AAAAAGAUCACGUGGCUUUCUUUCUUCACUUCCGCAUACCGUGUCGUUUAUGUAAUAAGUCCCGCCUUGCCUGAUGACGUAUUCAGCUCUGAUUGGUUCUUUUCAGUAGAUUAUCCAACACACAAGUGGGUUUGAGCAACGCUGUAUGAAUCACUUACUCUCUCUCUCACACACACACACACACACACGUGAGGGAAACGAUGUCGUCUGUCAACUUGGACAAGAUCAGGAGCAACUCUGUGAAGAGCUCAGUGUCUGGGGAGAACGUGGAGCUUGGCUCACUGUGGAGAGAUCAGACAGCGGUGAUAUUUUUCCUGCGACGCUUCGGCUGUCAGAUCUGCCGCUGGGCCGCGGUGGAGGUCAGCAAGCUGGAGGGAUCUCUGAGAGCGAACGACGUGGCCCUCGUCGGAAUCGGACCCGAGGAGACGGGACUCAAAGAGUUUAUGGAUGGCGGAUUUUUUAAAGGAGAUAUUUACAUUGACGAAACAAAGCAGUGCUACAAGGAGCUUGGAUUUAAAAGAUAUAACGCGUUUAACCUGCUACCUGCUGCUUUGGGAAAGCAAGUAAGAGAAAUCGCAUCGAAGGCAAGUAAUGAAGGAAUUCAGGGCAACUUCAGUGGAGAUCUUCUGCAGAGCGGCGGCAUGCUGAUUGUAGCCAAAGGUGGUGAGAAGGUCCUGUUGCACUUUAUUCAAGAAACACCAGGAGAUCUGGUGCCUCUAAUAGACAUCACCAAAGCCCUGGGCAUCAGUGCCAGUGUGCAGGCCGGAGAGAAACCUCAGUGCAAUGAAGACGUCUGUACAAAAUGAAGAGCUGCUCUUCUUUCUCUCGACACCUCAGCGCCAUGAUGUUCUUCUACACAAAGCUCCAACAGACUUGUGAUUACAUAAUUACAUCAUGUGAAGGAUCUCAAACUCCCAACCUGCUAAAUCAAAAAAAUUAAAACAAAUAAAAGAAA